CGCGGCGCGCGCGGCCCGUGCGGGUGCUGGUGGACAUGGACGGCGUGCUGGCCGACUUCGAGGCGGGCCUGCUGCGGGGCUUCCGCCGCCGCUUCCCGGCGGAGCCGCACGUGCCGCUGGAGGAGCGCCGCGGCUUCUUCGCCCGGGAGCAGUACCGCGCCCUGCGGCCCGACCUGGCGGACAAAGUCGCCAGUGUGUAUGAAGCCCCAGGCUUCUUCCUAGACUUGGAGCCCAUCCCUGGAGCCUUGGAAGCAGUGCAGGAGAUGAACGCCAUGGCUAACACCGAGGUCUUCAUCUGCACCAGCCCUCUGAUGAAGUAUGACCACUGUGUGGGUGAGAAGUACCGCUGGGUGGACAAGCACCUGGGGCCCCAGUUUGUGGAGCGCAUUAUCCUGACAAGGGACAAGACGGUGGUCUCGGGGGACCUGCUCAUUGAUGACAAGGACACCAUUCUAGGCCAAGAGGAGACCCCAAGCUGGGAGCACAUCUUGUUCACCUGCUGCCACAACCAGCACCUGGCUCUGCCCCCCCCAAGGAGACGGCUGCUUUCGUGGAGCGACAACUGGAGGGAGAUCAUCGACAGCAAACGGCUGGGAUGGUAGCUGAAGGAAGGGAAGGCCAGCAGGGAGC